AUGGCGGCGCCGCCAGAGUUGGCGGCCCUGGAGCGUGUGCCCGCGCCAACGGCGUCCGCGGUGGCCGCGGCGCUGGAGGAGUUCUGGCCCCGCUGGCGGCGACAGCCACAGAUGGCCACCCUGGUGCUGCGGAGGCUCUCGGAGCGGCGAAGGACCCGGCUGGCGAUGCUGGUCCUGGAGCAAAUGCGACAAAACGAGGUGGAGACCAACAUCUACCACUGGAAUCCCAUCAUCUACACCUUCUCCCAGUCCAGCUGGCAGGAAGGCUUCCAUAAGCUAACCCUCGCCGAAGCCUGGAGCGCGCUGCCGGACGUUAAGAGCCACACCUCGGUGCUCACGGCACAAAGCCGCGCCAAGGCCUGGCAAAGCGCCCUGCUGGCAAAGUUCCAGAAACCGCAGGAGGUGAGGCUUCACAACGUGGUGCUUGGCAGCUGCACAGCUUGGGUGCAUGUGAUGCAGCUGUUGGCUGGCAUGUCCACUGUGGCCUUGCUGCCAGAUGCUUUUAGCUACAGCGCUGGCACCACAUGGAACUUCGCGCUGCUUCUGGCCAAAGACGCCCGGUGCAGUGCUGUUGAGCUGGACAUCACCAACUUCGGCGCCAUCAUCGGAUCGGCCUGCGCGACCCGUAACGAGUCCCACAGGUCCCACGCGUCCCACGGCUCCUGGCGCGCGGGCUUGGCAUGGAUGGACCUGGCCGAGAGAGAUGGGCUGCGGCUGAGCCGGCCCGCCAUGAACGCCGCCAUGGAAGGCCGCUGGCGUGCGGCGGCCGCCUUCCUCGCGAAGAGCCCACCGCCCAACGAGGUGAGCUUUACCUCGGCAAUGAGCGCGUGCCAAGAGGCUUGGGAAGCUGCGCUGGACAUGUUCACCAAGUUCUGCGUGGUCCAGUGUGAGCUGAACACGUUUGUUUGCAACACCGCCACCUCCGCGCUGGGCGGAAGCGGAUGGCGAGCGCCUUACCUCAUGCUGCGGCAGAUGCAGGUGGCCACUGUAGAAGCUGACUCGGUGGCCUUCAGUCUGACAGGCGGUUUCCACUACGACUGGCGCCUCUCCGUGUCCACCUUUGCCGCGGGCCAAGAUCGCAGCCUGCCCUCGCGCUGCACCAAACUGCCGUGGCGCCACGCCCUUCUGGCAGAGCAAGAGGCUGCGGCGGAAGCGUGGCCUUUGGCGGCGCUGUUGCUGGCACGGAGCGUUUCCCGGCGCGUCGGCUCGGCGGCGGCCCUUCACCGCGUGGCAGAGGCUGAGACGAAGGCGUCCCUGUGGCAGCGAGCCCUGUAUGCGACGCAGACGAUGCAGAGGACCAACCUAGAGACGUCCAACAUUCUGUACAGCUCCAUCAUAGGCUCUGUGGACUGGGCAGCUGGGGUAAGUCUCAUGGACUCCAUGCGUGAUGCCGGCCUGGAGGUGAACAGCUACAUUUGCAGCGCUACGCUAAAGACACUGGGCCCCGCAAGGCAGUGGGCCAAGUCUCUGGAGCUCUUGAAAGGCAAUCAGGCGGUCACCAGCUUCUGCCUCUGCGCGGCGCUCCCCGCCUUCGACUGCAGCCUUUGGCGCCGCGGCCUCGCCGUCGCGACGGACGCGACGGACGCCGCCGGGCGCAGCAGCGCCGCACAGAUCUGCGGGGAGGGCGGCCAGUGGCGCUGGGCGGGACGGCUGCUGGAGGGCAUCCCCAUGGACGCCGUAAGUUUCACCAGUGCCCUCUCGGCCCGGGCUUGCGGUGGAUGGCGCUCGAGCUUGGCGCUUCUCAAGAUGGCCCAGGAGCUCCGGGCGUUGUCGCUGAACGUCUUCAACGCCUUCCUGGGCGCCCUGAACCCUUCCGCCUGGCGCUGGGCGGCCCGGAUCUUAGGCCGAGAGAUGGCCUCGGCGCGCCUGGCGCCGGACGUUUUGACCUUGGCGGCCUUCGACGCCCUCGACUCGGCCGGGGGCGGUUGCGCCCAACUGGGGCGCCUGGAGGCCGAAGCUGUGAGCUCUCUGCGGGACCGCAUCGCGGAGAGCAAAAGACAAAAGGCCGCCACCUGA